GCCGGAGAUGGAACUCUAGCCGGGCCGCGGCGCGCAGCCGGUGGAAGAGCAGUGAAGUGCGAGGAGAGGGCGUUCCUCACGGCCGCUCCCGCCCCGCAGCGCGGAUUUUUCCGCGGGGGAGGAGCGAGGAAGAUCCAAAGUCCCAUUUGACAGCGGGCGGGGUGGUGGGAACAGCCCCGCCGGCCGAGGAGCAGCGGUCAGGUCGUUGGUACUCAACCUGGAAACAGUUCCCUCGUUGCAUCGGAAAUUGCGGGCGGCUUUACUAGACGCUGACACGCACACCCCACAUAACCCGAACCCCUAAGGAAACCCCACGCGGUGGGGAGCAGCGCAGAUCGGCCAAACCUGAUAAAACUGAUGCUUUUGUAUUCUCAAACUUGGUGCAUGUGCGUUUUGGACUUCUGCUGAAUAUACUUUUGUUGUUCUGCAAUCAACUUUUCACUAUUCCGGAUCGGAUGUGCUAGGAGCCAGUCUCACUUCUGCAGAGUUGUUAGCAGAGACAGUGAGUGAAACAAACGGUGGAAAUGCUUUUAAAGAGGGAAUAAAUCACUCUCUUGCCUAAGGAUGAUGCGGUUGAGGUUGAGAAGCUGUGGCCUGGGCAGCCCGUCGAGGGGAAGAAAACCACAGUAGAACUUUCCCUGGCUUGGGUGCUGGUGCCAGAAAAAAAGAAUGAUUGAUGGGAAACAGACACCAGCCUGCAGACACUCAUCCUUUUUCUUCAGAUACUGAUUUAUCAGUGUGUCUGGGCAUCCCCUGCAAGCCCUGAACACGGAGGAUCACUCAGGGUUAUCGACAGUGUAGCGGAAGACCUGCAGCUUCACAAAUUAUUAUCUGCUAUUGGACAUCUUUUACAAGAAGCCCUGACAGAUAAGUUAUAAGACAAAGGACAAUCACUGCAUUGCUGCGAAAGGUUGUCAUCGCGGUCUGGGUGGCUCCUACCAAAGUCUUCAACUUAGCGAAGCAAACACCCGAUCCUAAUGCUUCACACUUGAGUUGGAACCUAUUUUAUAAAAUAUAUACAUGUAUAUGUAAACGUAUGUAUCAUCUAUAGACUGCACAGACGCCAGUACUGAACAUCCUUACGAAGGUGACCUAAAAGGAUUUAGAAAUGUAUUUGUCAAGAUUCCUGUCACUUCACGCCCUCUGGGUUACCGUAUCCUCCGUGAUGCAGCACUACCCUUCCGUGUGGGGACACUAUGACGUGUGUAAGACUCAGAUUUACACAGAAGAAGGAAAAGUAUGGGAUUACAUGGCCUGCCAGCCGGAAGCCAGGGACAUGAUCAAAUACGUAAAAGUGACUCUGGAUCCCCCAGACAUAACAUGUGGAGAUCCUCCUGAGACUUUCUGUGCAAUGGGGAAUCCCUACAUGUGCAAUAACGAAUGUGAUGCGAGUACCCAAGAACUGGCUCAUCCUCCAGAACUGAUGUUCGAUCUCGAGGGAAGACAUCCCUCCACAUUUUGGCAGUCCACAACUUGGAAGGAUUAUCCAAAGCCUCUUCAUGUGAAUAUUACGCUCUCCUGGAACAAAACCAUUGAGCUUACAGAUAACAUAGUUAUCACUUUUGAAUCUGGCCGUCCAGACCAAAUGAUCCUGGAGAAAUCACUUGACUAUGGACGAACAUGGCAGCCCUACCAAUAUUAUGCCACAGACUGCUUAGAUGCUUUCCACAUGGAUCCAAAAUCAGUGAGGGAUUUAUCACAGCACACGGUCCUAGAAAUCAUUUGCACAGAAGAAUAUUCUACGGGGUACAUGACAAAUAGUAAAAUAAUCCACUUUGAAAUCAAAGAUAGAUUUGCUUUUUUUGCUGGACCUCGGCUUCAUAAUAUGGCUUCUCUUUAUGGCCAGCUUGACACAACAAAGAAGUUAAGAGAUUUCUUUACCAUCACAGAUCUGAGAAUAAGACUGCUCAGGCCAGCAACUGGAGAAAUAUAUGUAGAUGAGCAACACCUGGCGCGCUACUUUUAUGCAAUUUCAGACAUAAGGGUAUACGGAAGGUGUAAGUGCAACCUUCAUGCUACUGGCUGUAAAGAAGAAAACAAAAGACUACUUUGCGAAUGUGAGCAUAACACAACUGGCCCAGACUGUGGAAAAUGCAAGAAGAAUUAUCAGGGCCGACCAUGGAGUCCUGGUUCUUACCUGCCUAUACCUAAGGGCACUGCUAAUAUCUGUAUACCCAGUAUUUCCAGUAUUGGUAAUCCUCCCAAGUUUGAUAGGAUAUGGCCGAAUAUUUCUUCCCUUGAGGUUUCUAAACCAAACCAAGUUGCUCCCAAAUUAGCUAUGUCAACUGUUUCUUCUGUUCAAGUUGCAAACCACAAGAGAGACUGUGAAUGCUUCGGGCACUCCAACCGGUGCAGUUACAUCGAGCUGCUCAAUACGGUCAUUUGCGUGAGCUGUAAGCACAACACUAGAGGUCAGCACUGUGAGUUAUGCAGGCUGGGCUACUUCAGAAAUGCUUCUGCAGAGCUGGACGAUGAAAAUGUGUGCAUAGACUGUUAUUGUAACCCUUUUGGUUCAGUCCAUGAUCGCUGUAAUGACAGAGGAUUUUGUGAGUGUAAGGAGGGAACAUCAGGGCCUAAAUGUGAUAAAUGUCUGCCGGGAUAUAUCUGGCACAGCUUGGGCUGUCAACCAAAUGUAUGUGACAAUGAGCUACUGCAUUGCCAGAACGGAGGAACAUGCAUCAACAAUGUGCGAUGCCAGUGCCCUCCAGCUUACACUGGCAUUUUAUGCGAGAAGUUGAAGUGCGAAAGGGAUCCAGGAGGCUGCAGCCAGAACUCCGGACAGGAGGCAAUAUCACACAGGCCUCUAUUACUGCUGACUGCUCUACUAGGUGUAACUGGGCUUUGCAUAUGCUAGACUCCGUGUGGUUGAUGGCAUCACAUUCAGACUACUCCAAAUGAAUGUGCCACAUGAAAACAAAACAAAAUCCAAGCGUUUGCUACUGAAAUUUAAAAAGGAAAAAAAAGAGGAAAAAAACAACCACAUACAAACUAAGAAGGCCUAACUGAACUAAGCCAUAUUAAUCAGUUACAGACAGGGCUCUGAGUCAAGACUGUUCACCUCUGACUCGAGACAAGUUGGUGGCUGCCUAUUCUGUCAAAUCAAUGCCAGCUGCAAAGCUUACACAGGAGUGAGACAUCUUUGACAGCCCCCAGGAUGGGAAUCGGAGCUAAAAAACAUUUGCUACUCCUAUAUGGUGCACGACUGUACCUCUGCCCAGUGUGUGGACCGACCAAAUAAAGGCAUUCUUUGCUGUCAGUGCAUUGUGGGUAUAAGGAAAUCUGUAAAAGCUGCCAUAUUGGCCUGCUUCAACCCCCGAAACCUUUCCAACCUGUGCUUUAGUGAACGUUGCUCUGUAACCUUGUUGGUUGAAAGAUUUCUUUGUCUGAUGUUAGUGAUGCACAUGUGUAACAGCCCCCUCAAUAAAAUUCAAGCCAGUCAUAUCCUUGUAUACCUUAGCAGCACUGCAUCAGUAAGAUGCUGUGUUCACAUACUGUACAAGAGUGACUAUAGGACAAAAAGUGUAUUUAUCCUUUUGUAUUCAAAUGAAGUUAUUUUUCUUGAAAUAAUGUACAAUGUAGAUUUUUUGUAUUAUUGCCUAUUUGUGUUACCAGACAAUUUGUUAAUGUAUUUAAUUCUACUCAGAUAAGAGAAAAAUAUUACUUUUUAUUUAGUCCUUUUCUUUUUCCUUUCAUUUAAUUGCGCAGAGAUUUCUCUGUAUGGGCAACGUGCUGGCAUCAAAGAAUAUCAGUUUACAUAUAUAUCAAGUGUAAUAAGAUUCCACCAAAGGACAUUCUAAAUGUUUUCUUGUUGCUUUAACACUGGAAGAUUUCAAAGAAUAAAAAUUCCUGCAUAAACA